GGGACACGACGACAUGAAGCCUGUGGCUGCCGUGCUCCUCGCGGGGCUGCUCAUCCUCUGGACAGAGCUGCCAGCAGGCAGYGCCUGGUCCUGCCCGAAGGUGCAGAUCACCUGCGCCAUGGUCAACCCUCCAAACCACUGCUUCAUGGACCAGCACUGCCCCCGCUUCAAGAAGUGCUGCCCAACCUUCUGCGGGAGGAGAUGCAUCUCCCGCCCGCCUGCCAUCCCCAUCUCCUACGUGUGAGCUCCAGUUCCCGGGAUGGUCCGAGGAUGCUGUGGCCGGCACCAGCUGGCUGCACAGAGCUGCUCCAAGGACCGCGCUGCCCGUGCCAGGUCCCUGGGGCACGGGGACGGUGCCAGCCCUGCUCCAUGCCUGUCCCGGCUCCUGCAUUGCCCUGCUGCUGGUUCCAGCUGCCUUCCCGUCCCCAAGA